AUGGAACUCAUAGACCUCCUCCUCUUCAUCGUGCCUCUGCUGCACCUCCUCGCCGCCCCCUACACCAAAGUCGAAGAGUCAUUCAACCUCCAGGCCACGCACGACAUCCUCGUCUACGGCACCCCCACGCACGACAUCCACGAGCGGCUCUCCUCCACGUACGACCACUUCAGCUUCCCGGGCGCCGUGCCGCGGACGUUUGUCGGGCCGGUGCUCCUGGCGGGCGUGAGCCAGCCGCUGAUUGCGCUGAUUGGCUUCGAGCACGCGCAGUUUGUCGUGAGGGCGGUGCUGGGCGGGUUCAAUGCCGUCUGCUUGGCGGUGUUUGGGGCUGCGUUGAGGGAGGCGUUUGGGAGGGGGGCGGCGAGGUGGUGGGUGGUGUUGAGCGUGACGCAGUUCCAUGUGGUGUUUUAUCUGAGCAGGACGUUGCCGAACAUGUUUGCUUUUGGGCUGACAACCCUGGCAUCUGCAUUCCUCCUCCCCAAAAACAACGCCUCACUCCAACGAACUCGCCGUCGCCAAGCAAUCGCCCUCCUCGUCUUCGCCACAGCCAUCUUCCGCUCCGAACUGGCCAUCCUUCUCGCCGCAACGGGAGUCCUCGCCCUCGCCAAAUCCUACCUCAGUCUACGCGAGCUCAUCACCUUCUUUCUCGCCUCCUUCAUCGCCGCGCUCGGCCUCUCCAUCCCUAUUGACUCGUAUUUUUGGCAGAAGCCCCUGUGGCCAGAGCUCGCGGGCUUUUACUACAAUGCCGUGCUGGGGUCUUCCUCCAACUGGGGCGUCUCUCCAUGGCAUUACUACUUCACCUCUGCGCUGCCGCGGCUCUUACUUAAUCCGUUGUGCUUUCCUCUCAUUGGGCUGGCACUCUACCAACCUGGAACCUCUCGCCGAGUUCAAGAUCUGGUUAUUCCAUCCAUUGUCUUUAUUGCCGUGUACUCCAUCCAGCCUCACAAAGAAACACGCUUCAUCUUCUACACCGUCCCUUCGCUCACUGCUGCCGCCGCCGUAGGUGCCAGCUUCAUCUCUUCACGCCGAUCAAAAUCGCUCCUCUAUAGCCUCGCCACCGCGAUUCUGUCCCUCUCUAUCCUCGCCGCAUUCGCCGCAAGUACCGUCAUGCUCCUCCUCUCAUCCCUCAACUACCCCGGCGGCGAUGCGCUGUCCCAGCUCUACGCCAUCACUUCAAACGACACUUCACCCUCUCCUCCUCGGCUACUCGUCCACGCAGACGUCCUGACUUGCAUGACCGGCCUCACCCUCUUCGGCCAAAACCCACAUGGUCUCCCUCCCAUGUCCUCAACCUCUUCCUCUCCGACCCUGCUGUUCGAUAAGACAGAGUCAAGCGAAGAAUUGCAUCGUCAAGACUUCUGGUCUCAGUUCGACUACGUCCUCAUGGAAGAUCCAUCCCUCGUCCUCGGAACAUGGGACACCAUUGGCCAAAUCCACAGCUACGACGGCAUUGAAAUCUUCCGGCCCGGGCAAAUUGCCAAAGCAGCAGAAACGCUGCAUGUAGAAGGAGUCAAAGAUGGUAUUCUUGGACAGGGCGCAACAAUUGCCACCGUUAGGGAUUUCUUAAGGAAGCUGACUGGGGGCUGGUGGAUUGGGCCACGCAUGUCCCCUCGAAUUCAUAUUAUGAAACAGGUCCGUGAAGAUGAUGCUAUAUAG